GGGACUCUGUUGGGGGGAUUACGGCUCCAAACUCUAAACUUUGCCCAGUCUCUGUGUCCUCCAACCAUGGGCACGGGUGUUUAGGGGGGCGGCGUACAUGCACACACCCAGAGGGGCGCCAUCAAAAGGCAACAACACGUCAAGAAGACGAAAUCAUCGCUUUUAGGUGGAAGGAGGGCCAUGGUAGCGUGAGCAGUCAACUACAGGGUGAAACCUGUCAUCUCUGCGACAAAGGAAUAUCACUGUUCUCACACUUUUUUAUGCUUUGUCUCCAUUGAUUUGGAUUAUUACAAUUUUUCAGAUUUCAAUUUCAUAGUUCAGUGGAAACAAUUUGGACUUUCCUCCGUGACCGACUGUCUCCUCUACCACCUGAAGGAUCUACCUGUUUAUCCCUUCCACCUGGGACAACUUAGAGGAGCUCAAGCUGCUAAUAACUCACCCGUCUGCGUUUACCACCACACGCACCCGUCCCCUCUGUCUGCUUACUCUCUUUACAUGCAGCUGGCCACCUCUGGAUUGAUUACGCACCUAUUUACUCACUGAACUCCUGUGCCCCACGUCCUGGUUGUCUGUGUUUGACGGUGGGGAGCCAUGGUGCUGCUGAAGAUGAAGUUCACCCAGCAGAGGCGGGUGCGUCUGGCCCAAGGCCUGUGGCUGCUGUCCUGGCUGGCCGUGAUGUGCGGGGCCUUCAUCUUCUGUCUGGGGGUGUAUCUUAAGACGGAGCUGCUCCGUAGGGCAGAGGUCAUGGACAACGCAGAGAUCCACGUGGUGCCCAACAUCCUGAUGAUGGUGGGCCUCGCCUCCAUCGGCACCAACUGGGUCGCCAGUCGAGUGUGUCAGGACUCCAUGGACGCGAGCCGCUUUCCCCGGUGGAAGGUUCUGCUGCUGGUCUGGUUCGGAGCCGCCGCGUUGCUCUGUUGUCUGCUCGUCGCGGUGGUGGUGCUCAGCUACGCUCUGCAGGGGCGUCUGGAGGAGUCCCUGAAGGUGGGCCUGAGGAACGGCAUUCGCUUCUACAAGGACACCGACGUGCCGGGUCGCUGUUUCCAGAAAGAGACCAUCGAUCGGCUGCAGAUGGAGUUUCGUUGUUGCGGAAACAACAACUUCAAGGACUGGUUCGAGGUGCAGUGGGUUAGCAACCGAUACCUGGACUUCACCUCCAAGGAUGUAAAGGACCGCAUCCGCAGUAACGUGGACGGACGCUACCUGCUGGACUCGGUUCCCUUCAGCUGCUGCAACCCGGCCUCCCCUCGGCCCUGCCUGCAGCACCACCUGACAGACAACAGCGCCCACUACAACUACGAGUACCAGGCGGAGGAGCUCAACCUGUACAGCCGCGGCUGCAGGCAGGCGCUCAUCGACUACUACAUGGACCUGAUGAACUCCACGGGUCCGGGCGUGCUCUCAGUCAUCCUGAUACAAAUAUCUGUGCUUGUGAGCCUGCGGUACCUGCAGACGGCCGUGGACGGCGCCAUGGCUCUGGAGAACCCAGAAGGCAACAGUGAGGGUUACCUCCUGGAGAAAGGCUUGAAGGAAACCUUGGAGGAGGUCAAAGCCAACGUCCUUGACAUGCUGAAGUUCGGGCAGGUCGACCCGGCCGCCGAGGAGUCUCCUGAGGCCGCGGGGGGCGAGAAGGCUGCUGACAGCCCAACGGAGAAGGCUGCCUCCCCUCCUUCCACCAGCUAGAGGGGGACGUUGAUCUGAGGGGGAAGGGGCGCCGACGGGGGGAGUGUGUGUGUGUGUGUGUGUGUGUGUGUGUGUGUGUGUGUGUGUGUGUGUGUGUGUGUGUGUGUGUGGGAGGGGGGUCACAGGCUUCUCAGCUGUUGGGAGUAGAGCACCUGUUGGGUUUUGACCCGCUAGGCUUCACUCGCCCUCCGUCGGCGCAGCUCCCUCGCACAUGGCAGCGCGUGGGGAAUCCUAUGGGGCUCUGCACAGGCACCGACACAAAUGCCUCCUCUGUGCAGGGCGUCAUGAACGAGGCGUCAGAAGAUCGGUCUAGGAGAUGUGUAGUGUUCUCGUUGUGUUUAGAGGAAAGUCCAGUCAGUUUCAGCGGGCGUAGCAUGCACAGACUAAACGAAUGCAACAUGUUAUGACAUAUUAGCUAAAUCACGUGAUGCUCUGUUUCAUCCCAUGUGCACUGUUUUGUUCAACUCACGGCUCUAGACUUUGUAUGGAACUGCAAAGAAAAUGUGUAGGAACCUUUUGAAAUGGCAACGCACAUGAAUUAUAAAUUAAAGGUAGAAGUAUUUAACUGC